AGCACGUAUCUGCUUAGUCAACACUGACAAAUGUGCCUUUCUGUGACCAAAACAAGACACUAUUAUCUCCUGCCUACUAAAUGGAUUGUUACACAUGUGUAUCUUUCAUAACUUGGACUUGACAAAGAAGGUUUUUUUCUCUGACAGGAUGGCUCACCUAACCUUUCCCCUUUCUUUGUUCUUGUCUGAUUUUCAGUAGACACCUGAGGGUUGUGAUAAUCUGAAUUGUUCCACCGAGAUCCGUCCAAGAUGGAAGAUGUUCCAACCUCAACCUCAAUCACGGAGCCCUCCGAGGGAUGUGGUCGCCGAAUCCUCCGGCUUUGGCACAAAAUCACCAUCGAACCUGCAGUUUUCCUCUUCACCUUUGCCUAUGGCUUCUUCAGCAUUAUUGCUCAGAAUUUACUGAUUGAGCGCAUAUGCCAAGUCAAUCUUAAUCUAACCUCAGAAGUGUGUGAGCAUUUGGACCAACACAAGUAUGAUCAAAUGGAGGUCCAAAAGCAGGUCACGCUCCUAGUUCUCUACACCAAUAUCCUAAGUACGAUUCCCUGCAUAUUCUUGACCUUGUUAGUGGGCCCUUGGUCGGAUCGCAAUGGUCGAAAGCCUCUUAUGAUCGCUCCUAUCUUGGGCUGCAUUUUGUCACAAGUGGUCUUAGUAUUGAUGCGUGCUUUUCCUGAAGCACGGGGAGAAUAAUACAUGGCUACAUCCAUCUAUAGCUUUGUGAGUGGGGGGUUCGCCACUUUCACCACCGCCAUGUAUAGUUACAUCGCUGAUAUCUCUCGAGUCCGCGGACGAACGGCCCGGAUCGCUCUCCUCGACUUUUGUCUCAUGCUGG